AUGACAACAACUGAAAGUUAUCAUUCAACAUUUACAAAUUCAUUAAUUGAUAAUUCAAUUUCAUUAAUCAAAGAUGAAGACCCGUCAUUACUUGUUGCCAAUGUAACAAUCGAUGAAUUAGUUGAAUCAUGUUGUAAUGAAGUAUUACCGCCUUCUUCAUCUAGUCAAUUAAAUAGCAGUAGUGUUUCCCCAACACAUCUUGUUCGAUUUGUUCAUUCACAAUCGUCGUUUGUCAGUCAGAUAGAUGAUCCUAAUAUUCAACCAACACCUUCAAAUAUCACAAUUUCUAGUCAUGAAAUGCCACCUAUGAAACAAACGCCAUUUAUAAAUGUUACCCGUUUACCAUCGCCAUUUUCAACAAUUAAACCUAAGACAAUUAUUGAAUCAACAAAUUCAAUGUAUAACACAACUAAUUUAAGUAACAUAACUGCUAAUAAUAUUAGUGUCAAUAAUUAUAAUGUUAAUAUUCAUACAACCAAUGUUCAACAGCCAACACAACCAAUAGUCAAUAAUAAUAAUAAUAAUAAUAAUAAUAAUAAUGAUCAUACGAAAAAAAAUUGUAAUCCUUUAGAUGAAAAACAAACAACUGAAAUAGUCACACAAAUUUUAAAAAAUAUUAAAGAAGUUGAUAAUAAUAACGAACAAACAACAACAAAUUACAACAUCCAUAUUGAUUCAUUUAAUUUUUCAUCAUCAAACGAACAACAAACAAUUUUAAAUAAAAAAUCACGAAUUAGAAAAGAAGCAAAAGCAUUAACAAAAAUUAUUGUUAAAGACGAUAUGACACCUGUCAUGUCACCGAAUUUCUCACGAAAUAAAAAAUUAGUCAAAAAUACAUCAAAUUCAAUGGAUAAUAUUCAAACAUCAACAGAAUAUAUUCCAGUACCAUAUGGGUGGCAAAGAAGAAUAUUAGCUUCAGAUCUUGUUGUUUAUAUAAGUCCAACUAACAUACUACUUGAUUCAUUGGAUGCGAUACGUCAAUAUAUUGAAUCACCAACAUCAUGCAAAUGUGGUCUUCAAUGUCCAUUGAUUAUUGAAAAGGUAUUCAAUUUUGAUCCAAGUAAAAAAUCGAAAUCUUGGGAAGUAGUACAAGUUCUCGAAGGAACACAUUGCCGACAAAAAUCAAAUAUUUUAGAAAUGGCUACGUUAACAAACUGUAUUGAUUCAUUUAGUGAAACCGAACAAAAAGCAGCUAAACGUCGGAAGCGUGUACAUAACGAAACAACAAAUGGAAAUGUUUUUGUAUGUGCUUCAAAUAUAAUGGGAAAUAGUAAUAAUGAAUCAGUUGUUUUUGUUAAUAAUACUGAACACAUAUCAGAAAGUGGUCAAUCGAUGACAUGGACUCCUGUAAAACAAACGAAUAUAACUCCAUCAUCGAAACGGCCACGUGGUCGCCCACGUAAAACUGCAGCUACAUCGCCUAUCGUAACUCAAUUAGCGUCUAAACCAGCCAAUGAUCUCUAUCAAACUCAACCUGUUCCAUCAUCCAUUCUUUCUCCACCAGCAUCCGUCUCAUCAAUGUCACAAACAAAUUUCGUUCAUAGAAAUUCAACAUCGCCACAUCAUCAAAAUGCUAAUAUGCGUCAUAUAAAUGAUAAUAUAUUAACUCCUCCGAUUUUAUCAACGGCAGCAACGGACACAAAUGUUAUUUCUCGUGUUCCGUCGAUAUUCGAUCAAGUGAAAACAACAACAAAUGAAUCAUCAUUUGCAGUUCUAUCGGGUGUGCAAAAUGUUUUAUUAUCACCAAAUCGCGAUUCAAAUAAUAAUGAGAAACGUGUGCAUGUUGAAUCGAAUUCGUCGGUUUUAUCAACAACAGGAAAGCAUGUCACAUUAAAUGUCAAUGCUUUAAAACCAGAUUUUGUUCGUUCAACAUCUACUGCCAUGAAAUCGUGCGUAUCAUCGUCAUCGUCAUCAGCAUCAAAUCAAAUCGAUGUUAUCUCGUUAAUGGGCACGACAAAUCAAAAUUCAAUGAGCCUGUCAAAAACAUCGAAUGUUGUUUCGGUAUCAUCAAACAAUCAUGAUGAUUUCUUAUCAAUAAAGUCUUCAAACGAACAAGUGAAUGACUCAUCACAACCAUUAAUGAUCGAUUUUAAUGACCCAUCAACAACAAAUUUUCUUUUAUCAGCUCUUGCAUCGGGUGCAUCGUCUGAUUCAAAUGCAAUUGUUAAUCAUCUUUUUCAAAAAGCUCAAACACAACAACAACGAUCGAAUACAUCGUCACCGCCAACAGCAACAACAACAAUAUCGAAUUCAAUAAAUCAUCCGACAAUAUCGAUUCGAAAAAAUCUACCAAUUAUUUCAACGGGAUUAAAAAAUUGUACAGAAACAACGAAUUUAUUACCAUCGACAACAUCGAUACGUCCAUCCGUUGUACUUCAUGUACCAUCAAACAAUGAUUAUAAUCAACAAACACAAUCACAACAAAUUAUUUUGAAUCACAAUGAAGAUAAAAAACAUCAACAUCAACAAAUAUUUUUCAUUAAUAAUAAACCAUAUAUUAUUCAACAGAAAAUAACUCAUGAUCAAUCAUCACAACAACGAUUGAUUCUUACACCAUCAAUUCAACAAUCAAAUGAAAUAUCUCAUUCCAAUCGAAAUGUUGCAACUAUCAUGAAUAAUAACAAUACUACCACUACUACUACUACUACUACUCACAAUAAUAAUAAUAAUAAUAAUAAUAAUAAUAAUAAUAAUAAUAGCAAUUCAACGAAUAAUAGUAAUACAUGCGCUCAAUCAACACUUGAUGACGGUGGUCAUUGCCUAUUAUUGAAUGGACCUGUCGAACCUAAAACUCUCCGUACACUACUAAAAGGUUUGAAUUCAUCAUCAUUUUCUGGUGUUGACAAUCUUAUUGAUACGAUAAAUCGUUUCGAACAUACAACACCGAUUAUCGAACAAAAUGAUAAUCUAUUAAUAAAAUCAAUUCGAGCAACAAAAGCCACUCCAACAAAACGGACAGCAGCAAAUCCAGAUAAACCGCCACCAAAACGUCGAGCAGCUAAAAAACUCAAACAAGACGAACCACUAACUCCUCUUCUCCCACAACACCAACAGCCAAUUCAAAUAUCGAUGCCAUUACCGUCUCAACCAAUUAUCGUUGAACAACAACAUCAAUGGCAAACAGAUUUUAACACAUUUGAUUUCUCAACGUCAUGGGGAAGUGAUACGAAUCUUAAUUCACUUUUACUUAAUAACGAUUUCGACACAGCUGCUUCAUUCGAUGAUGUUAGUUUUGGCGAUUUUGAACCGUAUAUGAAUGGCAAUAAUAAUAUUGGUUGUAAUGAUUUAGCGUUACCUUCGUUAUUUGUUAAACCAUUGCCACCGGAUGGUUUACCCAAUGUCGAUCAUUUAUUACCAUAG